CCCAUUAAUAUAUCUUCCUUUUUUGUGCCUUUGCAGGGGAAGAAGUUUAACUUUGGGAAGAUUCUCUUCAGUAAUACCACCAUUUUCCUGAGAUUUGAAGGGGAUGAAAAAGCUUGUGAACCCUCCCAAAGUUACAAUGUUACUUGGUACUUAAGAUAUUCUGACUGCUACAAUGAAGUCUUCAACUUUGGGGAUGAACAGGCAGAGUACUAUUUUGGGGCUACAUCUGAAGAGCAUCCGGGUUGGUCAGGAUACUAUGCCACAGCUUCUCUCCUCUUUCCAAAUUGCUCUGAGCUCUUCAGGCCUCAGAUUUUCUAUAAAGAGUUUGUUCAUCCAGAGCCUCUCUCACCUGAGAAACAAGAGGGCUUAAAAGAGAAGAAGGAGAGUGGAGGAAAUCACACAAUGGUGGCAGAUAAAACUGCAAUGAAUGCCGUUAUCAAAACUUGGCGAGAUGGGCCGUAUAUAUUUAUUGUACAAAUUGGAAUUACAACUGCAAAGGAUUCUACUACCAGAAGUAAAAGAGCGGAGAAAACAACACCUUCCUCAUAUCAAAAUAAGCCCUUUACAAUGACAGUAGAACUGAAGGGGCCAUAUGAGUAUCUCUCACUUGCAGACUAUCCUCUGAUGAUUUUUUUCAUGGUGAUGUGUAUUGUGUACGUAUUCUUCGGGGUUCUAUGGCUUGCGUGGUCAGCCUGUUACUGGCGGGAUCUCCUGAGGAUCCAGUUCUGGAUUGGUGCUGUUAUCUUCCUGGGAAUGCUCGAGAAGGCAGUUUUCUAUGCAGAGUUCCAGAAUAUCCGCUACACGGGGGAAUCUGUUCAAGGAGCAGUAAUACUGGCAGAACUGCUUUCUGCUGUGAAGCGCUCAUUGGCUCGAACUCUGGUCAUCAUAGUCAGCCUGGGAUAUGGGAUAGUCAAGCCUCGCCUUGGAGUUACUCUUCACAAAGUAGUUAUGGCUGGAGCCCUUUAUCUGUUAUUUUCGGGCAUGGAAGGUGUUCUUAGAGUCACAGGGGCCCAGAAUGAUCUUGCCUCCUUGGCUUUUAUUCCCCUGGCUUUCCUAGAUACUGCCCUGUGCUGGUGGAUAUUCAUCAGCUUAACUCAAACAAUGAAACUGCUAAAACUUCGAAGGAAUGUUGUGAAACUCUCUUUGUAUCGGCACUUCACCAACACACUCAUCUUGGCAGUAGCAGCAUCUAUCGUAUUUAUCAUCUGGACCACCAUGAAGUUCAGGCUGGUGGACUGUCAGUCGGACUGGCAGGAGCUAUGGGUGGAUGAUGCCAUCUGGCGUUUAUUGUUUUCAAUGAUCCUUUUUGUCAUCAUGAUUCUGUGGAGACCAUCUGCUAACAACCAAAGGUUUGCUUUCUCACCACUGUCUGAGGAGGAGGAAGAUGAUGAGCAGAAAGAGCCAAUGUUAAAGGAAAGCUUUGAAGGAAUGAAGAUGAGAAGUACAAAGCAAGAACCAAAUGGGAAUGUAAAAGCAAACAAAGCUCAGGAUGAUGACCUGAAGUGGGUAGAGGAGAAUGUUCCCUCGUCAGUGACAGAUGUUGCUCUUCCAGCUCUUUUGGAUUCAGAUGAGGAAAGAAUGAUUACACACUUUGAAAGGUCCAAAAUGGAAUGAAGGAAUAGCUUUUUGCUAUUGGAAGUGGAGACGCCUCUUUUAAAGUUGCUUGGUGGAACAAGUGCAUCCUGCUGAUUUGUUUCUUGAUCCCAGACUUGGAAGUUUGAUGCUUUAUUGUCAUGAAGGCGUCCUGCUUGGAAGAAGUUCACAAGGACAGUAUAAACCUUUUGGAAAUUUGGAUUUACAAAGUUGCUGCAAGUUUGGAUUUUUAAGCAAUUUAAAUGUGUACUAUUCCUGCACCUUCUGUAACUUUUCAAAUAUUUAAUCUGUGAAACUAAAAUUCCUAAUGUCUGCUUGAGGA